UGUGUCAACUAGAAGAGUGAGCUAUAGAGCUAAGGAGUCAUUGUGAGAAGUGUGAGUGAAGUGAGAAAGAGUGUUUGUAAGAGUUAGUCUUUCCUUUGAGAGUUGUUUGUUGUAAUAUUUUGUGAGUCUAAUACAAGUAAAUUGUUUACUUGUUUUGUCUCCAACAAGUCUAUCUUAGAGUUGUGUACUCUAAAAUUUGCUCAACAGAGAGUUGGGAGAGAGAAAGAAAAGGAGAGUUAGUGAGAAAAUAGAGAUAUGAGAGAGAAGAAUGGGGGUUUAAGUUGCAAAGGGAACACAGAUGGAGCAGAUGUGAAAAAAAAUAUUUUGAGUGAGAUAGAAGAAAGGGGAUUUUAGUUGCAGGGAAGAGAGGUAGUGAUGAAAGGAAGACUCGGUUAGAAGAGAGAGAGAGAGAGAGAGAGUCGAUGAGAAAAGAGAGAAAUAGAGGGAGAGAUGAGAGAGAAGAAGAGGACUUUGAGUUGCAGAGGUGAACAAGGACGAUGGAGCAGGGGUUAAAAAGACAAUUUAGAAGUGAAAAGUGUUUGACAGCUGUCAGGAGUUAAUUGCCCGGGGAUACUGACGUGGAUGCUGACUUUGAUAUUCCCGUGCUAGGAAAAUUUUUCUCCAUUUGGGCGGAGGUUUCAAUCAGCAACUCCCCUCGUUUCCAUCGACAAACUCAACUCUUGAUAUCUUCCCUCGGACCUUCCCACCUUCUUCUUCUCAUUGCCCACACUCUUUUUCUCUCCCUUUCUGCUUUCUCGCUCCACAGCUCUUGGGGUCCAAAAACACUUUCCUUCUUCUUCAUUCAUUCAUUCAGAUCCUGUUCUGAGACAAUUGAGAAAGGUCUCUUUGUUUUCAAAAUGGAUGCCACAAUGCCCAUUUGCAAGGUUGUUACUCCAACUCCUGGCUUAUUUUUUGGGAGAACUAGAGAGAUCCGGAGUUCCCAAUGUAGCUUUAUGGUGGGAAAUAAAGUCAACUUUUUAAGGCAGAGAGCUCAGGGUGCUCAAGUUACUUUCAAAUCCAGGAAGCAUGGGGGAGCUCUCCAUGCUACAUGUCGUGCUGAAAAAAUUCUGGUGGCAAAUAGAGGAGAAAUUGCUGUUCGCGUUAUUCGAACUGCCCAUGAAAUGGGAAUACCUUGUGUGGCUGUUUACUCAACAAUAGACAAGGACGCACUUCAUGUGAAAUUGGCUGAUGAAUCAGUUUGUAUUGGUGAAGCAGCAAGCAGUCAGUCGUACUUAGUUGUUCCAAAUGUUUUAUCUGCUGCUAUCAGUCGGAAAUGUACAAUGCUGCAUCCGGGAUAUGGUUUCCUUGCUGAGAAUGCAUCAUUUGUUGAAAUGUGCAGAGAGCACGGAAUCAACUUUAUUGGGCCUAAGCCCGACAGCAUCCGUGUUAUGGGUGAUAAAGCGACUGCCAGAGACACAAUGAAGAAAGCAGGUGUUCCAACUGUACCAGGAAGUGAUGGAUUACUACAGAACACAGAGGAAGGAAUCAGGCUUGCAGAUGAGAUUGGUUUUCCUGUUAUGAUCAAGGCAACGGCAGGAGGUGGAGGACGUGGCAUGCGUCUUGCUAAAGAACCUGAAGAGUUUGUGAAGUUGUUACAGCAAGCAAAGAGUGAGGCUGCAGCUGCUUUUGGAAAUGAUGGAGUUUAUUUGGAAAAGUACAUCCAAAAUCCUAGACACAUUGAAUUUCAGGUUCUUGCAGAUAAAUAUGGUAAUGUUGUUCACUUUGGAGAGCGGGAUUGCAGUAUCCAGAGAAGGAACCAAAAGCUGCUGGAAGAAGCACCCUCCCCUGCAUUGACCCCGGAGUUGCGUAAAGCUAUGGGUGAUGCAGCAGUUGCUGCAGCAGCAUCAAUUGGUUACAUUGGUGUUGGAACUGUUGAAUUCCUUUUGGAUGAAAGAGGUUCCUUUUACUUCAUGGAAAUGAACACUCGUAUUCAGGUUGAGCAUCCUGUGACAGAGAUGAUUUCCUCUGUUGACUUGAUUGAAGAACAAAUUCGUGUAGCUAUGGGAGAAAAACUUCGAUACACACAGGAUGAGAUAGUGCUCAGAGGACAUUCAAUUGAAUGUCGUAUCAAUGCAGAAGAUGCUUUUAAAGGAUUCCGACCUGGGCCAGGAAGAAUAACUGCCUACUUACCAUCUGGAGGUCCCUUUGUUAGAAUGGAUAGUCAUGUUUAUCCUGAUUAUGUGGUUCCUCCAAACUAUGACUCCCUUCUUGGAAAGCUUAUUGUUUGGGCACCAACAAGAGAAAAGGCUAUUGAACGAAUGAAGAGGGCUCUUGAUGACACUAUUAUAACAGGGGUUCCCACAACUAUUGAAUAUCAUAAACUUAUCCUUGAUAUAGAGGAUUUCAAAAAUGGCAAGGUUGAUACUGCUUUUAUUCCAAAGCAUGAAGAGGAGCUCGCAGCGCCCCAACAUUUGGUGCCUGCAGCCCCUGCCAAAGAACUAGCUGGUGCAUCUCCUUAGAUGGAUGGAGCUCGAGUCGCUACCGUCUGGUCAAUUCACCCGCCACAUUUAAAAAGCGGCAAAUCAUUCACUUUUUUGUAUUUUAGUUAUUUAAUUUGUGCUAAUGUUGUUACUUCUAUAGCACUAGUAACAUUGACAUGCCUUGCAUUUCAUGUGAGAAUUCCAUUUGAAAUUUUGAUAUGUUCUUCUGUUUCAACUGGGUGUACUGUUUACAAACCCGUAUUGCUCACUAUACAGCCUCUCAAA